AUGAAGAUUAAAGGAUUGUUUCUACAGACGUGGACUGAUGAGCGACUGCGAUGGAAUCCGUCAGAAUUCUCCGCAGAAGACACGGCAUUUCUCGUGAAAAAAGAUAUCUGGAAUCCGACUUUCAACGUUGAAAAAACCUUCGAUGAAUCGGACAUCAAAUGCUACGACAUGGGUUGCAUCGCACGCAGCAGCGGUAAAGUAACGUGCAGUUCAUUUUGUACCUUUCCAAGUCCCUGCGUUGACAAUCUGCAACGAUGGCCGUACGGAGCGGCGUCCUGUACACUGCAGCUAGGAGUCUGGAAUCAAAUCGAUGAUGAUACCACAAUUACCGGCUUCAGUGCAACGGUAAUAACGGAACUGAAAGCACUUAAUAAGAAUUGGCGACUGCUAUCGAUCACCAGUGAUCUGACGAAAAACACCACUCCGUUGCAUGACAAAACUUUUACGCUGGUCCUGGUGUCAUUCCUUAUAGAGCGAAUGUCAACGUUCUAUGCGAUUUCCAUCGUUGUGCCAGCAUUGGCAACGCUCGCUAUAUAA